AACCAUGUUACCAUCACAAAUUCCCUUUUCGCUCUUUCAUUAUAUUCAUAUUCGAUACAGUCAAUGAGUCUCAUUCCUAUUACUUUUUUCUUUUUUCUUCUCUUCUUGUUCUUUUAUAAUUUUCGAGAUGUUCUUGCUGUUACUAAUAGAAACUUAUGUCAUCCCAAACAAAGGGAUGCACUUCUUGAGUUCAAGAACAAGUUUGAUAUUAAGAAGCCUUGUUUUGGUUGUCCAGGUCCUCCGAAGACGAAUUCAUGGGGCAAUAGCAGCGACUGUUGUCGUUGGGAAGGUAUUACUUGCGAUGCUAAGUCCGGGGAAGUAAUCGAGCUAGACCUUAUGUGCAGCUGCCUCCAUGGCUGGUUUCAUUCCAAUAGUAAUCUUUCUAUGCUUCAAAACUUUCGUUUUCUAACCACUCUAGACCUUUCAUAUAAUCAUUUGAGUGGUCAAAUCCCAUCUUCCUUUGGAAACCUUUCUCAACUCACCUCUCUCUACCUUUCUGGAAACUACUUCAGUGGUUGGAUUCCUUCUUCACUUGGAAACCUUUUUCACCUCACCUCUCUACGCUUCUAUGGUAACAAUCUUGUUGGUGAAAUCCCAUCUUCACUUGGAAAUCUGUCGUAUCUCACCUUUCUCGACCUUUCUACUAACAAUUUUGUUGGUGAAAUCCCAUCUUCUAUUGGGAGUUUGAACCAAUUGUCUAUCUUACGUGUUGAUAAUAAUAAGCUUAGUGGUAACCUCCCACGUGAACUAAUCAAUCUUACAAUGUUGUCUGAGUUAUCACUCUUUCACAAUCAGUUCACAGGCACGCUUCCUCCUAACAUCACUUCACUCUCCAUCUUGGAGUCCUUUUCCGCAAAUGGAAACAAUUUCGUUGGGACCAUCCCUUCUUCUCUCUUCACCCUUCCUUUUAUAACUCUUAUUUUUUUGGAAAAUAACCAAUUCAGCGGGACUCUUGAGUUUGGGAAUUUAUCUUCACCGUCUAAUUUACUAGUGUUACAACUUGGCGGUAACAACUUGAGAGGUCCAAUCCCUAGAUCUAUUUCUAGAUUAGUCAACCUUAGGACACUUGACCUUUCCCAUUUCAACAUCCAAGGCCCAGUUGACUUUAAUAUCCUCUCGCAUCUCAAGUUGCUUGGAAAUCUUUACCUAUCCCAUUCGAACACCACCACUAUAAUUGACUUGAAUGCAGUCUUAUCAUCUUUCAAGAUGCUCAUUUCAUUGGAUCUCUCAGGCAACCAUGUUUUUGUCACAAACAAAAGUUCAGUUCCUGACCAUCCUUCGCAAUUGAUAGUCUCUUUGAACUUGUCAAGAUGCGGUAUCACCGAGUUUCCGGAGGUCCUAAGAAUGCAACGCCAAAUGAGGACGUUAGACAUUUCCAACAACAAAAUCAAAGGCCAAGUUCCUAGCUGGUUACUACUACAGUUGGAGUACAUGUAUAUUUCCAACAACAAUUUCAUCGGUUUCGAAAGAUCAACGAAACCUGAAAAAUCAUUUGCCUCGAAACCAUCUAUGAAGCACUUGUUAGGCUCCAACAACAAUUUCAGUGGAGAUAUUCCAUCUUUCAUAUGCUCGUUACGCUCUCUAAUCAUUCUCGAUUUAUCUAACAACGACUUCAGUGGUUCAAUCCCUCGUUGUAUGGGAAAAUUCAUGAGUACUCUAUCAGAUCUAAACCUACGUCGGAAUCGUCUGAGUGGAAGUCUUCCAAAGAAUAUAAUUAAAAGUUUAAGGUCGCUUGAUGUGAGUCAUAACGAAUUGGAGGGAAAGCUUCCAAGAUCUUUGAUCCAUUUCUCUACUCUUGAAGUUCUGAAUGUGGAAAGAAACAGAAUCAAAGACACGUUUCCGUUCUGGUUGAGUUCACUAAAAAAGCUGCAUGUUCUUGUCUUACGCUCCAAUGCAUUUCACGGGCGGAUACACCGGACUCGGUUUCCUAAGUUGCGAAUCAUGGACAUAUCCCGUAAUCACUUCAAUGGAACAUUGCCAUCAGAUUGCUUUGUGGACUGGACUGCAAUGUCGUCUCUUAAAAAAGAUGAAGAUCGAUUUAAUGAAAAAUACUUGGGAUCAGGCUAUUACCAUGAUUCAAUGGUUUUGACGAACAAAGGUGUUGAGAUGGAGCUGGUACGUAUCCUAAAAAUCUACACAGCUCUCGACUUUUCUGAAAACAAAUUUGAAGGAGAGAUUCCAAAAUCUAUCGGUUUAUUAAAAGAGCUUCAAGUUCUUAACUUGUCAAGCAAUGAUUUCACCGGCCAUAUCCCAUCAUCUAUGGGGAACCUGAGAGAGCUAGAGUCACUGGACGUUUCUCGAAACAAGCUUUCAGGAGCAAUUCCACAAGAACUAGGGAACCUCUCGUACCUUGCAUACAUGAACUUCUCUCACAACCAGCUUGGAGGUCUAGUACCAGGGGGAACUCAGUUUCGUAGGCAAAAAUGCUCUUCUUUCGAGGACAAUCACGGACUUUAUGGCCCUUCACUUGACGAAGUUUGUGUUGAUAUCCAUGCACCAACACCACAAGAACAUGAACAGCCGGAGUCAGAGGAAGAAGACGAAGAGAUGAUGUUCAGUUGGCUAGCAGCUGCAAUAGGACUAGGACCUGGUAUUGCCUUUGGAUUGAUGAUUGGAUACAUCUUGGUUUGCUACAAACCACAGUGGUUCAUGAACCAUUUUCAACGAAACAAACACAGAAGCAGAAGAAGAAGCACCACAAGGUCUACAACGCUUAAAAAAGAGCCUUACUAAAUCCAAGACGAAGAAGACAAUGAAGCAACCCAAUCACAAUCAGUAACACUACAUAGCAAACAAGAAGCUUGGGGAGAACGCAUCCCAAAUAUGUCCACUUUUAGUUUAAUAUGUGGAUCGGUUUAGCUUUAAAUCUUUGUUCUGUUUCUCUCUGAAUUACAAACCUUUUUCAGCUGCUCUGUCAUAAAUAAACUUAUCUCUAAAAGCGAUCACUGCUUUUAAGAUCCAACA